AUGCCACCAGUACCAACAAGUGCCUUCAGGCGUUUUUGUCCAACAUUGAAUCGAGUAACAUUAUAUCCAAAUUUGAAUUAUUCAGGGCUUUACUAUGGAAUAAUAAAUUUGUUGGAUGUUUUCCAGCAAAUUUCCGCUUCACAUCUUGCUAUUGGUGAUGCUAUUCUUGAUACAAUCAAGGCGUUAUAUUUCUUCCUACAGCGUGAUAUUCUCGAGCAAUUACCAUUUUUGCUCGCUUCUCAACUUGGUAUUUUACCGUCUGAACUUGAUAAGAAACUUGUACACCUAAUUAGCACCUGUUUCAUUCCAUUUAUUCUUAUCCCGAAGCAAGAAUGCCUUUCAGUACCAGCUGUUCUUAUGAUGAUACUUCAGCACUCUGCCGAUCUCAGUCUCCAUACACUUUUUGUCGAAAAUCUUUUGGCACAAAAAGAAAAUGUUUACAGGGAUAUGAUAUUGGUAUUAUCAAAAGGCACAAGCGAAGCUCGCAUUGCUGCUGCAAAUUUAUUAUUCCAUUAUUGGCCUAUCCACAAUAGGCAUAUAUUACAUCGUAAAUCAAUUCAAUAUCGCAUUCAAGCUUGGACAUGUGUGCCAUGUCAGAACACCAAAUGUGUGGAUAAAGAGCCAAGUGUUCGGUGCUCUUUUGAUCCAUUAAUUUCGAUAAAAUACGGUGAAACAGCUCCACCAAUAUCAUUAUGCAAAAAAUGUGCUGAAAUGGUGGAAAGUGAUGAUAAAAUAACAACGAUACCAAUUUGUAUGCCAAUGUCCGCCUCAAGCAAUAUUGUCUGUCAAAAUAAGGGUUGUGAAUCAUCGAAGCGCCUUGCUGUAGGAAUAUGUUUUUCGGAAGAUUGUAUCCGAUCACACCAAUAUGUUCCAUUAAGACUUUGUCAGGAAUGUCUUGUUGCACUGCACACUGCUAAUAGUAAGGAACAUAUCAAUCAUUGUGGUGUGAAAUAUGCAUGGGGAACAGCGAUUGAACGAGAUAUCAUUGAAGCGAUUGUUAAACUUUUGAAAGAAACUUCUGCUAAUUUAGAAGGAUCGCAAACUGAGGGUAAAAGGCCGAAAUGGUUACGACAGUUGGAAGGUGGUCAUACACUUGGUCGUGAAAUCGAUAAAAUGGCUGAUGAACGGCGAACAUUGAGCCGUUUUGGUAUUUGGCUUCUUGCAACAAUUUGUCCACCAGUGCCAGAAGCUAGGCCGCAAGCGAUAGCCUAUAUGAUGUCAAUGCUGUUGGAAUGGUUUGCAACAACCGCUCUAUUACCCAAUGAUUCGAUUGGUGCUGCAUUGGAGCAGCUCAAAACUGAUUUUGUAUUGGAUUGGAUCAAUUUGACAAUUAUGAAUCAUUAUGAAAUUUUCCUCGAAACUUUAAUGCCAAAUCCACCGGAAUAUGCUCAGGUUGGUGGUGUCUGGGAUAGGCUUUCAACAAAAAAGGAACAAAUGCACGAUGGACUUCAAAAGUUAUUUGCGAUAAUGCCGUAUGAUAUUAUUACGUUGAACACGUGGAAUCGAUUAAUACCAGAAUGGAUGCAAAAUAUUUGUGAUUUGAUGGAAAAUGAUGAUUUUUCUGAGUUCAAAAUAUUACUUAGCAAAAUAUUUGAACCUGACCUUCGUCCUUUGCCGUUCAAUGAUGAGCAACUGUAUCAGUUUAUUACCAAUCACUUAACAACAGGCGAUGAAAGAAGUAUUUCAAAUGCGCUCGACUGGGCUUUAUCAUUGAUGGAAAUUUCAAUACCGCUUUCAAUCUUACUUGAUGCAUUUUCCAAAUGUGCUUUAAGAAUAUCACAAAUGGAAUUAAAACAAAAUAAUGAGAAUGGUUUAGAAGAGGAACAUAUAUCUCUGCAUGUUUCCAUGAUCGAUAUUAUGUCGCAGCAGAUAUCUCUAAGUGAUCAAUCAGAACAUGAAGUAAAAAUGAUGGCUGAAUUGAUCUUUUCCACGUGUGCUAUAAUACUGCAAAAGCCAUUUGCACAUUGUAAGCAUAGUUGUGAUAAUCCGGAAUUGGAUGAAUUUCUUGAUUGUUCCGCUUGUCAACAAUCUGUUUUUGUUUAUCAAACUGUUGCUCGACUUAUGGAACGAUUAUCUCCCAAACAGCAACUUCGUAUAUCAGUUCAUGCUGAUGAGCAAAUAACUGAUUGGAAAGCACAAAUUGCUAAUGUUUCAUCGAAAAAUUCACCGGUUGAUAAAUGUACACCAUCAGUGAUAGCACCAGUAUCAGAUACAUUAGCACCAUCAUCAUCAUCAUCAUCACCAUCAUCACUUAUUCAAAAGUCAGCAACAAUAGAUGGUGUUAAACUUCAAUUUCAAACAGCUACCAUUCAUGAAACAAACGUCGAAUUUGUUGGUCUAUUGCCCAGUGAAGAGGUUGAAACAGCUGUGGCACAUGCAACAACAUUAACGGAGAGAGAUGUGGGAUGUGAAACACAUCAUAUUAUAACAUCAUCGUUGAUAGAAAAUGUUAAAGGAUCAUUAGUGGAAGAUACAACCGUAAGGGAAAGUGCAAAAUUUUGGAAUACAUCGGUGGGACGUUUCCGUUUCUCACUUUCCGAUUUGCCACCUCAACUUUGCCUCAUUCAUUCCAUUUUAACGAAUUUGGAAAUGGAGUAUGAAGCAGAUGCGCAUUAUUACAUGCUUACAACGGUGAAAUUUUUAUGCCUUCACUGUGAGUCGUUGUUGAAUGCUCGUCGUGAACAUCGAGGAUACUUAAUUUGGGCACAAGAAAAUUUACUUAUACCAAAAUUAUGGACUUUACUUCGUUCAGAUCGUUCACAAUUAGCGGAAUUAGUAAUUCCAUUAAUUAUGCAUUGUAUAACAUUACCAUGCGGUGAAGAAAUAUUCUGGAAAGUGGUUAAUUCACAAUUUAUCGAUCAACGAUGGGAAGAACGAUUUUCAGCCGUGGAACGAUCGAGUGUGCUUCUUCAGUUAGCGAAUGCCUUACCGGUUAAUUCGAAUAAAGUGAUUCAAACGAGCCUGAGUUGUUGCAUAACACAUUUGAUUGCAUCGGUAGAUGAUCCGAAUGUUGCUGUUGCUCAACAAGCAUUGCUAUCCAUUCAACAUAUGCCUUCGGCUUCUUUAAAA